ACGCAGCAGGGGUACGUCAUUACAGUGCGCAUGCGGACUGGAAGGAAAGCGGAAAUUGGCGCCAAGCACGGAACCGGUUAACAGUGUCUGACUUUAUGUGAGAAAUGAUCCAGCGCGGCGGAAUCAGUCGGUAUUAAGUGUUAACGUUGUCAGUUUAAACCAGUUUGACAGUCCACCCGGGGCCAAGAGGAAUUUACUGAAGCUGCGUCACUUUUAACACUACGUUAGUUAACGCUGCUGACGUAAGCUAGCACACACAAUGCCUACGCUGACUUUGGAUAAAGUGACUGUGAAUUUCCCUUUUCCUCCAUAUGACUGUCAGAAGGUCUACAUGAGCAAAGUGAUUCAGUGUCUUGAGAAGAGGUUGAAUGGGGUCCUGGAGAGCCCCACAGGAACUGGGAAAACCUUGUGCCUGCUGUGCGCCACCUUGGCCUGGAGGGAGUCCGUCAAGGAUGGCAUCUCUGCCCGCAAGAUCGCAGAGAGGCUGGGCGGCAAGGAGAUGUUCCCUGACGCUCCCCUGCCGUCCUGGGGGGCGGCUGCUACAGACGGUGACAAACCGACCUACUACACGGAUGUUCCCAAGAUCAUCUACGCAUCCAGGACACACACUCAGCUUGCACAGGUUAUCAGUGAGUUGAGGAACACUUCAUACAGACCAAAGGUGUGUGUGCUGGGAUCAAGAGAACAGCUGUGUAUCAACCAGGAAGUGAUGCGUCAGGAGAGCAACCACGUCAAGGUCCACAUGUGCAGAGGAAAAGUCUCCACCAGGUCAUGUGUUUACUACAACAAUGUUGAAGAUAAGAGCACCGACAGAGACUUGGUGAACUCCAUACUUGACAUUGAAGAUUUAGUCAAAUUGGGCAACAAACAGAGGGUUUGUCCUUACUACCUCUCCCGGUCCUUGAAGCAGCAGGCAGACAUCAUUUUUAUGCCAUACAACUACCUACUGGAUCCAAAGAGCCGCAGGGCGCAUAACAUCGAGCUGAACGGAGCCGUGGUCAUCUUUGAUGAAGCUCAUAAUGUGGAGAAGAUGUGUGAAGAGGCGACAUCAUUUGACCUGACUCCCUAUGACAUUGCUUCAGCCAUUACUGCUGUGGACCGGCUGCUGGUGGAGAAGGCUGAAGAAAUCAGCCGUACAGAUUCUGUCACUGAAGACUUCAAUGUGGAAUUUCUCAAGUCUGAUUUAAAAAUAGAAAACAUUGCAAAAAUCAAGCAGAUUCUGCUGGACUUGGAAGCUGCCAUCGAUUCCUAUGAAGUGCCAAGUGACAAAGGCGUCACAAAGCCGGGAAGCUUCAUCUAUGAGCAAUCUGGGAUAUUCCUGAACACCAGUGGACUGCAGAAGCUGGCUGAUAUCAUACAGCUGGUGUUCACUGGUGAACCAUCGGCAGAGGGAAGAGCACGGCAAAUGGAGAACAACGCGGCUCAUUUUAAGGUUCAUAUCCAUAAAGACACCAGCUAUCACAGGAAGAAGCAAAACAUGGAUGUGUGGGCUUCGUCUUCAUCAAAGAAACAAGGUAACAUCCUGAGUUACUGGUGCUUCUCUCCUGCCUUCAGCAUGCAGGAUCUGGUGAAUCAAAACGUCCACUGCAUCAUUCUGACCAGUGGUACCUUGUCUCCUCUGUCCUCCUUCACCUCUGAGAUGAGGAUAGAAUUCCCAGUGCGUCUGGAGAACGGCCACGUGAUUGAACGGGACCAAAUCUUUGUUAGCGUCAUUGAUCGAGGCCCAGACGGAGUGCAGCUAAGUUCAGCGUUUGACAGAAGGUUUGUUCCUGAAAACAUGGCGUCUUUAGGCAACACUGUAGCCAACCUGAGCCGUGUGGUUCCUCAUGGUCUCUUAGUGUUUUUUCCCUCCUUCCCUUUAAUGGAAAAAACCCUGGAGUUCUGGAGGGCUCACGGACACGCAGAUCGCAUUGAGAACAUAAAGCCCAUGUUUGUUGAACCUAAAGGAAAGGGCACCUUUACUGAGGUUAUUGACGGAUACUACAACAAAGUCAACGAUGCAGCGUCCAAAGGGGGAUCUUUCUUUGCUGUGUGUCGGGGGAAGGCCAGCGAGGGCCUGGAUUUUGCAGACACCUUUGGUCGGGGUGUCAUCAUCACCGGCCUUCCCUUCCCUCCAAAGAUGGAUGCUCGAGUCAUGCUGAAGAUGAAGUUCUUGGAUGAGAUGACCUGUAAGAAGGUUCCUGGACUAAAGUAUCUGUCUGGGCAGGAGUGGUACCGACAGCAGGCUUUCAGAGCGGUGAACCAGGCCAUCGGUAGGGUCAUUCGCCACAAGGGCGACUAUGGAGCCAUCUUCCUGUGUGAUCAGAGGUUUAAAAGCUCUGAUGCCCGGGCCCAGCUUCCAUUGUGGAUUCGACCUUGUGUUCGGCUGUACGACGGAUUUGGGAACGUGGUCCGUGAUGUCUCUCAGUUCUUCAGGGUUGCACAGAAAAUGAGGCCUGUGGUAGAGAAGAAAGCUGCAGCAGAGAGCUGUGGUGCUGUGAGUUUACCAGACACUCAGUCCUCUGGCUUCACUUCCUGCGCCUUCACCCAGAGCUCCCACACCCAGAAGGCCAAGGUGCUGGAUGCCCACCUCCCCAGCCUGAAGAGGAGGAGGCUCAAUGAACACACUGGAGCCAAUGGGAUGGCUAGGCUCUGUACUGAGUACGAGUGUGAGGUGCCGGAGAGUCGGAGGAGACCGGUCAGCCUGCUGGAUGCUCUGGAGCAGGGUGACCAUCGCACAGGGGAGGAGGACGAUGCUGCUGGAGAGGACAAGGCACAUCAUCUGUCCACGCUGUCUCUGCAAUAUGACAAGAGGAUGGUUGAUGAACUGCGUGGAGGAAAACGUAAAAUCAAACUGGUCCAAGAACAGAGAGUGAGCGUGUCGGAGGAUGUGACCGAGGAAGGCAAAGCCAACAGGGCUAAAACGUUUCUGGCAGAGAUGAAGAAGUCGCUGAGCGAGGUCAACUUUGACCGCAUCAUACGGGCUCUGCAGACCUACAAGAAGACGGACAACCUGGAUGUGCUGCUGACUGAGACGGCUGUCCUGACCGAAGACACUAAUACUCACAGUCUGCUGCGCGGCUUCUACCAGUUUGUUCGGCCACAUCACAAAAAGACCUUCGAGGAGAAGUGCCUGGCCCUGACGGGGCAAGGCUGUGGAUACAAACCGGAUCACUCGCUGUCGAAGGACGAGAGGAAAGCACUGCUGCUGCAGAAUGCUACAGGCAGCCAGCCUGCUGAGCCCCUGACCUCCUGUGGGACGUCUUCCUGUGGUCAGCUGAACACACAGCAGCUCAACAGAGGAGGAGACCACCUAAACCAGCAAGGGUUAAGAGAGCCUCAGACUGGUUCUGAUCCAAAGAAUGAGCUCCGCGCUACCUUUAUGGCUGAUGUGAAAAAAGCCCUUGGAGCAGAAAAAUCCACCCAGUUCUUUCAGGCCAUUUACAGCUACAAACAGACAGAAAACUAUGAAAACUUGGUGGCGACAGUGGUGAGCUUACUCACAGAGAGAGAUGAAGACUUCAAUCUUCUAGUCAGAUUCAGCGUGUUUAUUCGCCCUCACCAUAAGAAGCAGUACAAAGAGAUGCUGGAUGCUUUGAUAGGUCGGUCAGUAUCUGCUGCAGAUGUUCCUGCUGUGAGUGGAGACCAACAAAAACAGGCUUCUUCGUUGUCUCCUUUGAGGACACAAAGCAAGAUUUCCAGUUUUUUCUCAAGCAGCCAAAGAAAGUAGAGUCUGAGUUACAGGAACAUGAUGAAUGUAUUUACUGCUGACAGAACCAUAAACAGGACAAACCCUGUUCUGGAGCACUGUGGCUGGGAUGAACUCUGCAGGCUGAGUUAAUAAACCAGUGUUUGAGUCAACUAAGCCCGCCAAAGUGACAUCUGUAACUCCCGACAACAGUACAGACACUACAAUGCUGUGUUUUUCCUCCAUCCUGGAUGGUGAUGGUCAACCAGAGUAGAUCAUAAUUUAAGAUGUGUUUUGGGACAGCAGCUGUUAAGGCUUUUUAAUGUGACUGUAAAUAAAGCACACUGUCUGCUCUGCCGUGGGUCUCUUAAUGUCAUGAAAGUGAAAAUGCAAUGUAAAGAAAUGAUUU